CCAUUCGUAACCAGUCUCUGCCAAGCAAGCGUGCUUCGACUGCAACACAAUCCACGCAAACAUUCGGAAGACGGAGUUUAGGUUUGAGCUCGGCCGGUCGCUGACUUCACCCGUAGUAUUGUCGAACUCUUGUGGCUGAAGCGACACGCCCAGCGCACCGUCCCGUUCUCGGAGAGGCUUCCGCACGUGCCACCGAGCGACACGCUGCGCACCCAUGGCCGCUGUCCUCCCGCCGCUCGCGGAGCACAUGGUGCUUAGCACCCAGCCAUCAGAGGAAUACCUGGGUCCUUAUGGAGGGAAGACAGAGUUUGUGAAAAACAAACACGGCCUGAACAUCUGCCGGUACUUCUGGCCGGUGCCGCCGGACGUGACGCCACGUGGCAUCGUGGUUCUGGCACACGGCCACGGCUGCUACCUCGCGUUCGACUACCUUCGGCCCCAGGGCCCUGGCAAGUUCUGUGUGUACUCUGGGUCAUUCGUGGCGGCCCUGAACGCAGCCGGGUACGCUGUGGCCGGCAACGACGACCGCGGCGCGGGCCGCAGCGAGGGUCUGCGCUGCUACUGCGACUCCUUUGACGACUACGUGGAGGACCUGGUUGCUACUGCCAGGGCCAGUCGGGAGGUGCCUCUGCGCGGCUUCUCGGCGCCUGCGCCUGCGGGUGCGCCGCUGUUCGCCAUGGGGCUGUCCCGUGGCGGCGCGGUGGUGCUCACGGCGGCGCUCAAGGAGCCGUCCCUGUUCUCCGGCUGCAUCUGCCUGGCGCCCAUGGUGUCGCUGGAGAAGGUGGCCCGGCAGGGACUGAACCCCUACCUCAGGCCUCUGGGUCGGCUGCUGAGCUGGCUGAUGCCCGAGGUGGCGCUACUGAGCACCAACCGCAACACCAAGUUCCCAGACCUGCAGGAGGCCUACGACGUCGACCCCAACUGCUACCACAAGAACACACGCGUCCGGACUGCGCAGGAGUACCUCCGCGCCACCGAGUGGCUGGCCGCCCACACCGGCGAGCUGUCGCUGCCGCUGCUGCUGUUCCACAGCGAGGGCGACACGCAGACAGACCCAGAGGGAACCAAGAGGCUGUACGCGCUGGCGCAGAGCAAGGACAAGACGUUUGUGGCGCCUGAGGGCAUGUGGCACAUCAUUCUGAAGGAGCCCGGGAACGACAAGGUGAAGGCGCAGGUGCUGCAGUGGCUGGACGAGCACACCACACCCAAGGCUACGUGAGGGUACGGAGCGGCGGCUACGGGGCUGCAGGGCUGAAGCAGGCGCAAAACUGGCUCAACUGCCUCCCGUUGCGGUGGGGAAGCUCGUGCUCUCUGCUGCGGAGGCGGCGGAGGCGGUGGAAGCGGUGGCAACGUUGGCUCCUGGCGCUGGCAGCCCACGCGGUGACCUGUGACCGGUACGAGUGCGCGCGAGGGUGCUGGUGCUGGUGCUGGUGUUGGUACCUGGUAACAGGUGAUGGUCUACCCCGCGCGACCGGGUGAUCUGUACGGCCGGCAGUCCGGCAGCGUGCGUGUGUGGCGAUGCAGGUAGAGAGUUGAGGCAGGUUAGGGGUGCUGGGUGAGUGGGACGGCGCCGGGGUGACAGGCAAGGAACGAUGUACUUCAUCAGCAUCAGUUAGUUCCACACAACUGCUUUCAUGUUACUCCUCGUGACAGUGUAUCAUUCUCGUCAAAUCAUAUCUUUUCGUGUCAUAGGUAUUGCGUGUAUCCAAUAUUGGUUGAGCCAGGUCGAGAGGUAUGGCUGGGGUGUGGGGGGUCCAGGUGAGGAACCUGUAUGUAACAUUUCAGCACGCGCCUGAAGGGUUGGCAUGCGCCUCCCUGCGUUACUCUUAUAAUGUACUAUAUUGUUCGCAUGAUAGCAUGUGUCGUACUGUCACUCUCGGUGUCGCGCGGCAGCAGUCGUGGUGUCGGUGGGGGAUGGCCGUGUGUGUGCGGGGGUGCGGAGCGUGCCGUGGUGCACUCUUGGGUUUCGUGCCGGCAUGCCACUUGUUACGCGAGUACGGCUCCUGUUGCUUGGCUUGUGGAGCCCGGGUGUUUGGAUUCGCUGAUACUAUUGCGGUGGGACAUGAUGCGGCUUGACGAGGCAGGUGUGGUUUAAGAGCGCGGCACCCAAAACACAAGCACAGCGGUACGUGUAACGUGGCAUUCGCACACGCCACCAUCCCGUGCGCCGGCCUGAAGUCUAGUCACAGGUACGUAGGCUGUGAGCUGUGCGCGGCGUUCGUUGCCGAACACGUGCGGGUGUGUGUUUGCCAUGUAGGGAGUCGUGGGAGGGAGUGAGGGACCCCGGAUGAGGUAGCCCCGGAUUGCCAGGGGGCCACUUCAGUGACUAGACCUUUCUUUGCGCUGUAUUUCCGCUGCAAAACUUGUAGCUUUCUGAUUGUGA